AAGGGGGGCAAUGCAAAUAGUCUGGGUAGCCAUUUGAUUAGCUGUUCAGGAAUCUUAUGGCUUGGGGGUAGAGGCUGUUUAGAAGCCUCUUGGACCUAGACUUGGCGCUCCGGUACCGCUUGCCAUGCGGUAGCAGAGAGAACAGUCUAUGACUAGGGUGGCUGGAGUCUUUGACAAUUUUUAGGGCCUGACACCGCCUGGUAUAGAGGUCCUGGAUGGCAGGAAGUUUGGCCCCGGUGUUGUACUGGGCCGUAUGCACUACCCUCUGGAGUGCCUUGUGGUUGGAGGCCGAGCAGUUGCCAUUACAGACAGUGAUGCAACCCGUCAGGAUGCUCUUGAUGGUGCAGCUGUAAAACCUUUUGAGGAUCUGAGGACCCAUGCCAAAUAUUUUCAGUCUCCUGAGGGGGAAUAGCUUUUGUCAUGUCGUCAUGACUGGUGUGCAUGGACCAUGAUAGUUUGUUGGUGAUGUGGACGCCAAGGAACUUUUUUUUCUUUUCGAAUGAUGACCAUGGAACAGUGAUGCUAAUAUUCUGAUGAUGACCAUGGGACGGUGAUGCUAAUAUUGUAACGAUGACCAUGGAACAGUGAUGCUAAUAUUCUAGCGAUGACCAUAGAACAGUGAUGCUAAUAUUCUAAUGAUGACUAUAGAACAGUGAUGCUAAUAUUCUAAUGAUGACCAUGGAACAGUGAUGCUAAUAUUCUGAUGAUGACCAUGGGACGGUGAUGCUAAUAUUGUAACGAUGACCAUGGAACAGUGAUGCUAAUAUUCUAGCGAUGACCAUGGAACAGUAUGCAAAUAUUCUAAUGAUGACCAUAGAACAGUGAUGCUAAUAUUCUAGCGAUGACCAUAGAACACUGAUACUAAUAUUCUAAUGAUGACCAUAGAACAGUGAUGCUAAUAUUCUAAUGAUGACCAUGGAACAGUGAUGCUAAUAUUCUAAUGAUGACCAUGGAACAGUGAUGCAAAUAUUCUAAUGAUGACCAUAGAACAGUGAUGCUAAUAUUCUAAUGAUGACCAUGGAACAGUGAUGCUAAUAUUCUAAUGAUGACCAUGGAACAGUGAUGCUAAUAUUCUAAUGAUGACCAUGGAACAGUGAUGCAAAUAUUCUAAUGAUGACCAUAGAACAGUGAUGCUAAUAUUCUAAUGAUGACCAUGGAACAGUGAUGCUAAUAUUAUAAUGAUGACCAUGGAACAGUGAUGCAAAUAUUCUAAUGAUGACCAUGGAACAGUGAUGCUAAUAUUCUAAUGAUGACCAUAGAACAGUGAUGCUAAUAUUCUAAUGAUGACCAUGGAACAGUGAUGCUAAUAUUCUAAUGAUGACCAUGGAACAGUGAUGCUAAUAUUCUAAUGAUGACCAUGGAACAGUGAUGCAAAUAUUCUAAUGAUGACCAUAGAACAGUGAUGCUAAUAUUCUAAUGAUGACCAUGGAACAGUGAUGCUAAUAUUAUAAUGAUGACCAUGGAACAGUGAUGCAAAUAUUCUAAUGAUGACCAUGGAACAGUGAUGCUAAUAUUCUAAUGAUGACCAUAGAACAGUGAUGCUAAUAUUCUAAUGAUGACCAUGGAACAGUGAUGCUAAUAUUCUAAUGAUGACCAUGGAACAGUGAUGCUAAUAUUCUCAUGAUGACCAUGGAACAGUGAUGCUAAUAUCCUAAUCUAACGAUGACCAUUUUAAAUUUUACCCCUUUUUCUCCCUAAUUUCAUGGUAUCCAAUUGUUGUAGUAGCUACUAUCUUGUCUCAUCGCUACAACUCCCGUACAGGCUCGGGAGAGACGAAGGUUGAAAGUCAUGCGUCCUCCCAUACACAACCAGCCGCACUGCUUCUUAACACAGCGCGCAUCCAACCCGGAAGCCAGCCGCACCAAUGUGUCGGAGGAAACACCGUGCACCUGGCAUCCUUGGUUAGCGCGCACUGCGCCCGGCCCGCCACAGGAGUCGCUGGUGCGCGAUGAGACAAGGACAUCCCUACCGACCAAGCCCUCCCUAACCCGGACGACGCUAGGCCAAUUGUACGUCGCCCCACGGACCUCCCGGUCGCUGCCGGUUACGACAGAGCCUGGGCGCGAACCCAGGGACUCUGAUGGCACAGCUGGCGCUGCAGUACAGCACCGUUAACCACUGCUCCACACGGGAGGCCUGACGCCAAGGAACUUGAAUCUCUCAAUCUGCCCCACUACAGCCCUGUCGAUGAGAAUGAGGGCAUGCUCUGUCCUCCUUUUCCUGUAGUCCACAAUCAUCUCCUUCGUCUUGAUCACGUUGAGGAAGAGGUUGUUGUCCUGGCACCACACAGUCAGGUCUCUGGCCUCCUCCCUAUAGGCUGUCUCAUCGUUGUUGGUGAUCAGGCCUACCACUGUUGUCAUCAACAAACUUAAUGAUGGUGUUGGAGUCGUUCCUGGCCAUGCAGUCAUGAGUGAAAAGGGAGUACAGGAGGGGACUGAGCAUGCACCCCUGAGGGGCCCCCGUGUUCAGGAUCAGCGUUGCGGAUGUGUUGUUACCUACCCUUACCACCUGGGGGCAACCCAUCAGGAAGUCGAGGAUCCAGUUGCAGAUGAAGGUGCUUAGUCCUAGGGUCCUUAGCUUAGUUUUGAGCUUUGAGGUCACUAUGGUGUUGAACGCUGAGCUGUAGUCAAUGAAUAGCAUUCUCACGUAGGUGUUCCUUUUGUCCAGGUGGGAAAGGGCAGUGUGGAGUGCAAUAGAGAUUGCAUCUUCUGUGGAUGUGGUAUGUUGGUGUGGUAUGCAAAUUUGAGUAGGUCUAGGGUUUCUGGGAUAAUGGUGUUGAUGUGAGCCAUGACCAGCCUUUCAAUGCAUUUCAUGGCUACAGACAUGAGUGCUACGGGUCGGUAGUAAUUUAGGCAGGUUACCUUAGUGUUCUUGGGCACAGGGACUAUGGUGGUCUCCUUGAAACAUGGUAUUACAGACUCAGACAGGGAGAGGUUGAAAAUGUCAGUGAAGACACUUGCCAGUUGGUCAGCGCAUGCUUGGAGUACAUGUCCUGGUAAUACACCUGGCUCUGCGGCCUUGUAAAUGUUAACCUGUUUAAAGCUCUUACUCACAUCGGCUGCGGAGAGCGUGAUCACACAGUCGUCCAGAACAGCUGAUGCUCUCAUGCAUGUUUAGGUGUUACUUGCCUUGAAGUGAGCAUAGAAGUUAUUUAGCUCGUCUGGUAGGCUCAUGUCACUGGGCAGCUCUCAGCUGUGCUUCCUUUUGUAGUCUGUAAUAGUUUGCAAUCCCUGCCACAUCUGACGAGUGUCGGAGCCGGUAGAGUAUGAUUCAAUCUUAGUUCUGUAUUGGCGCUUUCCCGGUUGGAUGGUUCAUCAGAGGACAUAAAGGGAAUUCUUAUAAGCUUCCGGGUUAGAGUCCCGCUGCUUGAAAGCGGCAGUUCUACCCUGGUUAAUCUUAAGAUUGGGAGAGGAGAAGCUGAUCCUCAGUCUGUACCUAAGGGAAACUUGUGAAAUACUAUGUGUAGAAAAGGAAAAGAGAAUUUAUGUUUUUUGUAGAGCUAGUAAACAACACAGUGAUGACCAUGGGACGGUGAUGUUAAUAUUGUAACGAUGACCAUGGAACAGUGAUGCAAAUAUUCUAAUGAUGACCAUAGAACAGUGAUGCUAAUAUUCUAAUGAUGACCAUGUGACAGUGAUGCUAAUAGUCUAAUGAUGACCAUGGAACAGUGAUGCUAAUAUUCUGAUUGAUGACCAUAGAACAGUGAUGCUAAUAUUCUAAUGAUGACCAUGGAACAGUGAUGCUAAUAUUCUGAUGAUGACCAUGGAACAGUGAUGCUAAUAUUCUAAUGAUGACCAUGGCACAGUGAUGCUAAUAUUCUAAUGAUGACCAUGGAACAGUGAUGCUAAUAUUCUAAUGAUGACCAUGGGACAGUGAUGCUAAUAUUCUAAUGAUGACCAUGGAACAGUGAUGCUAAUAUUCUAAUGCAUUUUAUUUUAAGUUGAUUUAACGAUGUGGCUAAAAGAGACGUGUUUAGAAAGAGUCCAUUCACUGUGCAAGGUGUUUUAUUUCUCUGGAGCUCUCUCUGGUCGUCGAGUCCUACCAAAAGACUAAUUAAAACAACAUGCAUUUGGAAAAACCUGGCUCAAACAUUCAAUUCUUAUGGAAUGUCUUACAGUACACCCCAACAGUCUCUCUGUCUCGCUCUUUAUUCUCUCUCUCUUUAUUUUCUCGCUCUCUCUCCACCCUCGCUCUCUUUCUAAUGCAUUACCCAACAACCUUAAGUCAAGCAUAACUGGAUAACUGUGGACAUGUGGUGAGGUAGUCUGUUUGCUGGACUUCACAACCUCCACAGUCUCCACAUCAAGGGACACUCUCUUAGUUGGAACCGACUGGGUCUCUGAUGCUGUGCUGCUUUCCUGUGGUUCAGGCACUGUGAGAAGUAAAACCUCACUGACCGGGGUUGGCUAUUUCGAAAGCAGCCAAUUUGGGCAUCAAAAGUCAUUUUCAGAGAAGUGAAGAGAAGUGUGUGUUCACUUUGCCUGCCUGCUACAUUUUAAUUGUUGGUUUGCUCCUCUUUAAAUUAAAAAUAUAGAUAUUUUAGGUUAGAGACAUGGUUUGAAUUAUGGGUUUGAAUAAAGGUAGUGAUUUAAAGGGAACAGUCAGAGUGGGAAUUGAACCCAUCAACCUGCGUGUACAGGUCUAGGCAUGUUGGUGGAGACUGUGGUAUGCUUACUUUCAAUGGAAGUGAUAGGGGCAAGUGAUAGGGAACCAUCUAACAUCAAGUUGUCCUGAACUUCCUCUGAAAUUAAUUCUACAUCCUGCUUGUUCCAGCAAUGAAAGACUCUACCAAGAGGUCCAUCAACAGCGACUGGAAGAUCGAGCUUCCUGGAGAGUUCCAGCUGGCCGGCACUACAGUGCGCUACGUCCGGAGAGGACUCUGGGAGAAAAUGUCCGCCAAGGGACCCACCAAGACCCCGCUGUACCUCAUGGUGCUGUUGUUCCAUGACCAGACCUAUGGGAUACACUAUGAGUACACAGUGUCUCUGAACGUAACUGAACGUGAUGAUGUCAGUGAGGAGCAGAGAGCACCAGAGCACCUCUACCUUUGGACACACAGUUCCUGGCAAGACUGCAACGUACAGUGUGGAGGAGGUGAGAGGAGGACAGUGGUGUCCUGUAUGAGGCUGGUCAAUAAAAGCAUGACUCUGGUGAAUGACAGCCUCUGCCAACCAGAGAACAGGCCGUUACCCCAAGUACGACGCUGCAACUCACACCCCUGCCAGUACAGGUGGGUGACAGGGGAGUGGGGCCAGUGCUCGGUGACGUGUGGGAAGGGUCUCCAGCUGCGUGAGGUGGGCUGUGUGUACCAGCUGCAGAACGGAUCCCUUAUCCACACACGGGACUUGUACUGCCAGGGGGGCAAACCCCCCGCCCUGCAGGGCUGCGAGGGACGCCACUGCCUCACUGCCUGGGAGGCCUCUGAGUGGUCCAAGUGUUCUUCAGACUGUGGCAGUGGGGUCCGUCGGAGGACAGUGAGGUGCACCAACCCCCAGGGGAACUGUGACCCCCUCUCUCAGCCUGCUGACCAGGAGCCCUGUGAGGACCACUCCAAAUGUUACGAGUGGAAGACUGGGGACUGGUCCAAGUGCUCGUCAUCCUGUGGGAAGGGCCUGCAGUCCAGAGUGGUCCAAUGUAUGCACAGAGUGACAGGUCGCCACGGUAAUGACUGCCCCGCGGUGUUCAGACCACCCACCUACCGGCCCUGUCACCAGGAGGCCUGCAAUGACAAAGUCAACGUCAACACCAUCACCUCCCCCAGAUUAGCUGCUCUGACCUACAAGUGCACAGGAGACCAGUGGACUGUGUACUGCCGUGUGAUCCGAGAGAAGAACCUGUGCCAGGACAUGAGAUGGUACCAGCGCUGCUGCGACACCUGCAGAGACUUCUACGCCAACAAAACACCCCGCAAGAGUUAAUGAUGAAAGCACUCACACACAUACUGUACACAGACAGACACACACUUCAACUAGGGCUACGACUUUAGAUGUUUCUGUAACACUUGACUUAAAGCUUGCGGGUGUAAUGCUUUGUAAGUCGUUAUAAGCAUGAAUGAGCCUUUAUAAUGUGUUAUAAUAAGGCUUAUGAUAUGAUAUGUCUCUCUAUGUAUCAGCAUAUUAACCGACUCAAAAUGUCUGUUAUUUAGCCUGCUUCAGGAGAUGAUAGUAAUAUAUUGUAAGGGUCUCGUGGCAGGUCUUUAUGCCGGCAGGCUUUAAGUAAAGAGUUACGGAUGUUUUUUCUCAAUUAUUCAUAUUCUUAUUAUUAAUUAUAGGACAUUACAUUUUGGAGAAAAAGUGGAAAUGAGUGCAGAGACCAUUUCAAGUGGGAUCAUAAGCUUGCUGUUGUCAUGAAGACUUGAAAACAUUCUUUAACUUGUUUUAUUGCUGUAAACCAAAGCGAGGGACUUCACAGUCUGGGGAGUCUCUCGGUGGGUAGCCUGUCGCGUCAACGUUUGUUGUACAGUGUGAUUUAACAUUAGCGUUAACAUAUGUGAUAACUCUUUAUGUGGAAAGGUCAUUGUUGUCAGAUUGUCUAUAGAUGCUCAGUGAACUAUCAGAACAUGUCUGAUUUUCAAAUGCACACGCUGAAUCUAAUACAGCUAGGGAGGCUGAUUAUUGAGGAAAUCUAUGUUACUUGGAGCGGCAGGUAGCCUAGUGGUUAGAGCUUUGGGCCAGUAACUGAAAGGUUGCUGGAUCAAAUCCCCGAGCUGACAAGGUAAAAAUCAGUUGUUCUGCCCCUGAGCAAGGCACUGUUCCCUGGGCCCUGAAGAAGUGGAUGUGGAUUAAGGCAGCCCCCCUCACCUCUCUGAUUCAGAGGGGUUGUGUUAAAUGCAGAAGACACAUUUCAGUUGAAUACAUUCAGUUGAACAACUGACUAGGUUUUCCCCUUUCCCUUACUUACAUAGAUAGAAUGUAUGUACAUCACAGGAGGCUGGUGAGGGGAGGACUGCUCAUAAUAAUGGCUGGAAUGGAGUGAAUGGAAUGGUAUCAAAUGUUUGAUGUGUUUGAAACCAUUCCAUUUAUUCCGUUCCAUCCGUUAGUAUGAGCCCAUCCUUCCCAAUUAAGGUGCCACCAGCCGCCUGUGACAUACAUACAUACAUUACUUACACACACGUACAUUAAAAGACCUGUAAGGACUUUGUUAUUGCCUGUUAACAGAGGUGCAGUUGACAUGAAAUACAUCUAAAUGGUAGUUGGUACGUAGUCUGAGCACGUAGAUCUGUAGGGGACUAUCCAGAUAAACUGGGCCUGUAUAUUCUCUUGUGUUUAGUUCAGCUGGCCCUGUAUUCACCAAGCCACUGGCUGGCCACUCACUAGACUGGGCCAAGAGACCUGGCUCGUGUUCAUUAGGCACCAGAUGGACUGAAACAGGUAGGGACUACUUGAACUUGUUCAAUAAGAAACGCUCAUUGUCUUUUUUCCGCUGCAACGUUUGAAAACUUUUCCCAUUAUGUGCUUUGAUGAACAUGACCCUGGUUUCUUCUCUUAGGGACAAACCUUAACUUGAUGUCUUGACAUCAAUCCAUAAGCUAAGUCUUGGUUACACAUUUGAAUCUCAAGUUAGGAUUUGUCCCUUAGUUCCACGAUAGAUUAUAUGUACUUACAUUUUGUUGUUGUUUUUUGUUGAUGUCAUUGUUAUUUUUUGGCGGUUGUUGUUAUUUAAAACUAGCCGGGAGCCGUUAUAAGGUACUGCAGUUCUACAUUGAAAUGAUCAAGCUAACGAUAGGAUUGGCCUAGUUCACUAUUCCCUAGGCUCACCUGAAGGCCUUGGACAGCCCAUGUAGCAUCUGUCUCUCUCCUGAGGAUCCCAUGUUGGAGACAGUGCAGUUGUGGGGGUGUAAUUUAAGAGAAGAUUAGAUGUAUCUUAAGUUACUGUCGUCCUACAGUUAACCACAUACAGUGUAUUCAGUACUGUAGAUGUGAGUGAAAUCCACAGCCCAGUGUCGUUAACACCUUGCUCCAACUACGCUCCAUGAACCAACUGAGCAAUCUGGGUGAAGCAGGUUGCAGCUAUAUUGUUAGGUUCAAUGUAAAACACAAAUCCCUGUAUCAUGUGUGUAUCUGUUGUCCUCCCUUGGUGCUUGGUACAUCGUCAUGAUGAUGUACCAAACAUGACGUAAACUAGUCUCUGGUUUCAAACUUCACACUUACUCCAAACCUGGUGUUUGUUAACAUUUCCAUACAUUUCAAACUUGAAAUUGGUUUUAACUAUUAAACAGUAAUUCAAACACAAUGUGAGGCUUACACCGAUUUCAACAGCUUGCCCUUAUGCAUGAGUGUGGCAAACGUAGACGUCACAAACAUCAACAUGUAAACAUUAAUGGAGGCAGCUUUAUGUUUGCUACAAAAUGAUGGUGCAGUAGAUAACUGACUGUAAAUAAUGUACAGUUAGUUAUCACAGACAUUCUUUAUCCAUAAAUGACGAAGUGUCUCCAGUUGUGUUCACGUUUUACAGAUUAUGAUUUAAAGGGGUAAUCUGCAGUUGUGUUCACGUUUUACAGAUUAUGAUUUAAAGGGGUAAUCUCCAGUUGUGUUCACGUUUUACAGAUUAUGACUUAAAGGGGUAAUCUCCAGUUGUGUUCACGUUUUACAGAUUAUGAUUUAAAGGGGUAUUCUCCAGUUGUGUUCACGUUUUACAGAUUAUGAUUUAAAGGGUUAUUCUGCAGUUGUGUUCACGUUUUACAGAUUAUGAUUUAAAGGGGUAAUCUGCAGUUGUGUUCACGUUUUACAGAUUAUGACUUAAAGGGGUAAUCUGCAGUUGUGUUCACGUUUUACAGAUUAUGACUUAAAGGGGUAAUCUGCAGUUGUGUUCACGUUUUACAGAUUAUGACUUAAAGGGGUAAUCUGCAGUUGCUACAUACAUUUUUUGAUUUAUAAAUGAGCUCAGGUCAACUGUCUUACCCCAUCAGAACCCCAAAUGCUUGUUUUACAUGUAAACAAACACUUUGAAGCCUUAAAACAUGGUUAAAACUAUCAACUUCAUAUCCUGGAUGGUCAGUCCUUGCAUCCAUAGCUCGGUCUAUGAAUUUGAUAGUGGUUACAUUUCUCCAGACUUUUUUGAUUGUUUUAACUGCUGAUUGACGCUUUCCAAGUGUAUUACGUAACAUUCAGCACUGUAGUGUAUAUCUAUGGCACUGGCCUAGUUCUCCUGGUUCUUGGGGUUGGCUGAAGCAGAAACAGAUCUAGAGUUACCAGGCUAUGUAGUGUAUAUCUAUGGCACUGGCCUAGUUCUCCUGGUUCUUGGAGUUGGCUGAAGCAGAAACAGAUCUAGAGUUACCAGGCUAUGUAGUGUAUAUCUAUGGCACUGGCCUAGUUCUCCUGGUUCUUGGAGUUGGCUGAAGCAGAAACAGAUCUAGAGUUACCAGGCUAUGUAGUGUAUAUCUAUGGCACUGGCCUAGUUCUCCUGGUUCUUGGAGUUGGCUGAAGUAGAAACAGAUCUAGAGUUACCAGGCUAUGUAGUGUAUAUCUAUGGCACUGGCCUAGUUCUCCUGGUUCUUGGAGUUGGCUGAAGCAGAAACAGAUCUAAAGUUACCAGGCUAUGUAGUGUAUAUCUAUGGCACUGGCCUAGUUCUCCUGGUUCUUGGAGUUGGCUGAAGCAGAAACAGAUCUAGAGUUACCAGGCUAUGUAGUGUAUAUCUAUGGCACUGGCCUAGUUCUCCUGGUUCUUGGAGUUGGCUGAAGUAGAAACAGAUCUAGUGUUACCAGGCUAUGUAGUGUAUAUCUAUGGCACUGGCCUAGUUCUCCUGGUUCUUGGAGUUGGCUGAAGCAGAAACAGAUCUAGAGUUACCAGGCUAUGUAGUGUAUAUCUAUGGCACUGGCCUAGUUCUCCUGGUUCUUGGAGUUGGCUGAAGCAGAAACAGAUCUAGUGUUACCAGGCUAUGUAGUGUAUAUCUAUAUUUCUGGCCUGGUUCUUUAUGGUCUAUGGAGACCACCAUGACUAAUCACUUAUCCCCUAGGUAGAGACCCUGUCCCCCAGGUAGAGACCCUGACCCCCAGGUAGAGACCCUGUCCCCCAGGUAGAGACCCUGUCCCCCAGGCAGAGACACUGACCCCCAGGUCAGGAAGCCCCCAGGCAGAGACCUUGGCCCCCAGGCAGAGCCCCCAGUAUUGGGAUAAGAGCUGAUAUGGGCCCAGGUCUAAACAGAGAAAACAAACAGCCCAGCUCUCAGAACUCCUGAGUCCCACAUUUCCAACCCUUCAGAGCAGAAACCAUGAAUCAAUCAAACAAUCUAACAUGGUACUGUUUACCUACGUAUUCAGAACACGUAAGACAGAGGACCACCCUGGCGGUACCGUGUGUGUGUGUGUUUACCUAUGUGUUCAGAACACAUAGGACAGAGGACCACCCUGGCAGUACCGUGUGUGUGUAUGUGUGUUUGCAUGCGUGUGUGUAAUCGAUGUAUGUCUCUGUGGUACGAGCCGCCAGUGGUGAGAUCUUCAUUGAAAAGGUCACACUGUUCACAAUUUGAAGACAGACUUGCAAAGAAAACAUCACUGUUAAAGACAUGCUCCGGUACUUUGGUGAGGGUGGGCCCAACGGCUCAGGAGAGAGAGAGAGAGAGAGAGAGAGAGAGAGAGAGAGAGAGAGAGAGAGAGAGACAUAGAGAGAGAGAGAGAGAGAGAGAGAGAGAGAGAGAGAGAGAGAGAGAGAGAGAGAGAGAGAGAGAGAGAGAGAGAGAGAGAGAGAGAGAGA